CAGCCUCCACCACUACGCUGGAGUGCGCAUGGGCGGGGGGCUGCCAUCUACCAUAUGGGGCGACCCGGACCGAACCAAGAAACCCACUGAGGGGUAAACUUAGAUGGGGACUCCCGGUCCACAGCCUCUGUGCAGCCGGCUCUUCGGUGCACAGUGCUGUGUCGCAUGUACACAGGCCUGGCUACCGGGGCCCGUGUCUGAUCGAGCUGAGUAGGGGGUCAGCCCCGCCCCCUGGACCAGCCUGCCCGGGACCUGAGGAAGCCAGGGCGAGGUUUUGGGGCUGGAUGGGUUUGAGAGUUCCACGACUGUCCCCGGAGACCAUCAGAUGGGAGCUACUCUCCUGGGGCAGAGCUUGUCAGCAUCCUCGACAGAUCCUCGCCCCUGAAGUCAGAGAAGGACCCGGUCCACCCACACUGUUUGCCCCUUUUUGGAGUCGCCUCCAUCUGUUGGGUGCUCAAGCCUACUGACAGCCCAGUAGGACAAAAGAGCAGGAGGAUGAUACUAGCGUCAAUGCUGGGGAGCAGCCCUCGGGCUGGGCCUUCACUUUGGCCCCUCUUGGGGCCCUCACUUUUGCUACGGGCCCAUUCGACAUCCGCCACGGAUACACACCAUGUGGAGAUGGCACGGGAGCGCUCCAAGACGGUCACUUCCUUCUACAAUCAGUCAGCCAUCGACGUGGCAGCAGAGAAGCCCUCAGUCCGCCUCACUCCAACCAUGAUGCUCUAUUCUGGCCGCUCUCAGGAUGGCAGUCACCUUCUGAAAAGUGGCCGGUACCUGCAGCAGGAGCUACCAGUGAGGAUCGCUCACCGUAUCAAGGGCUUCCGCAGCCUUCCUUUCAUCAUUGGCUGCAACCCCACCAUACUGCAUGUGCAUGAGCUGUAUAUCCGUGCCUUCCAGAAGCUGACAGACUUCCCUCCGAUCAAAGACCAGGCAGAUGAGGCCCAAUACUGCCAGCUUGUGCGACAGCUGCUAGAUGACCACAAGGAUGUGGUGACCCUAUUAGCUGAAGGCCUGCGUGAGAGCCGAAAGCACAUAGAGGAUGAAAAGCUUGUCCGCUACUUCUUGGACAAGACACUGACUUCAAGGCUUGGAAUCCGCAUGUUGGCCACGCAUCAUCUGGCACUACAUGAGGACAAGCCCGACUUUGUUGGCAUCAUCUGUACUCGUCUCUCACCAAAGAAGAUUAUUGAAAAGUGGGUGGACUUUGCCAGACGCCUCUGUGAGCACAAGUAUGGCAAUGCACCCCGAGUUCGUAUCAACGGACAUGUGGCUGCCCGUUUCCCCUUCAUUCCUAUGCCGUUGGACUAUAUCCUGCCCGAGCUGCUCAAGAAUGCCAUGAGAGCCACAAUGGAGAGCCACCUAGACACUCCCUACAAUGUUCCAGAUGUGGUCAUCACCAUUGCCAACAAUGAUAUCGAUCUCAUCAUCAGAAUUUCAGACCGGGGUGGAGGCAUUGCUCAUAAAGACCUGGAUCGGGUCAUGGACUACCACUUCACUACAGCUGAGGCCAGCACUCAGGACCCCCGCAUCAGCCCACUCUUCGGUCACCUGGACAUGCACAGUGGUGGCCAGUCGGGACCUAUGCACGGCUUUGGCUUCGGGUUGCCCACAUCACGGGCCUACGCUGAAUACCUCGGUGGUUCCCUGCAGCUGCAAUCCCUGCAGGGCAUUGGCACAGAUGUCUACCUGAGGCUCCGCCACAUCGAUGGCCGGGAGGAAAGCUUCCGAAUCUGACCCCACAGCCUUUGGCCUGCUUGUCUGCCCAGGCUGGGCCACACUCCUUGCCAGGACUUUUUGAGUCAGGCAGGAUGGCACUCUGCUCCACACACUGCAGCAUCUUGGGUCUUAGGGCCCCAGACAAGACAGAUGGACUUACAUGGAACUGGGUGCUACUCCUUCUCAAGAGGGCUCACUUCUUCCUUGCCUUGAAGGGGAGGAAGCGGGGACCUCUGAGGCCUCUAGCACCAGCUCCAUCAUUCUCGUUCCUGGGGAACCCCUACUUUAACAUGUUAUUUGUUAUUAAAGUUCACACUUUGAAUGCCCUCUUGGGCCCUGUGUGU